CGGAGGCCCAGGAAUAUGGAACAGAACGGGAAAUUGUACAGAGCUUUCUGGAAUCACAAGCAAAUUAAAAUCACUCCUCAAAAAACCAGUAGAAAAUUCAAGGGUUUCAGAAAUCAAGUUUCAGUCACCUAAAAAUGGUGGUAAUCGAACCAAUUAAACCGACUCCCCCAGUUCAAGAAUCCACUGAAGAAAACUCUAGUACUGCUACAACGGCAGAGGAAAUACUGCACGGAACCGGAAAUACUGUUGAAUCGGCGACGGCGGCGACUUCCGGGAAUGAUUCUGAUGGGUAUGAGACUGCCAGCGAAACCGAGCUAAAUGAUCCCGAUCGAGAACCGGAAAAGAACAACAAAACUGUCAGCAACCAUGAUAAUAGUGAUGGUGAUGUAAGGCGUGGCGUCAAGGAAGAAGAACGGAAGGAGGAAAGUGAAUCCGGAGACAAUGAACUCAACGAGAAAGCCUUGGUACAAGCAAAUGAUGCAAAACUUGAGGGCAAUUCUUUAUUUAAAUCUGCACUAUAUGAAGAAGCAUUGUUAAAGUAUGAACUCGCGAUACAAGUUGCACCAGAUGGGCCCUACUCUGCUGAAAUACGUUCUAUUUGCCAUGCAAAUCGAGCCGCUUGUUUCUCCAAACUGGGAAAAUUUGAAGAAACAAUCAAGGAGUGUACCAAGGCAAUAGAACUAAAUUCUACUUACAUAAAAGCUCUGCUAAGAAGAGCAGAGGCACGUGAAAAGCUUGAACAAUAUGAAGAGGCUAUUGCUGACAUGACAAAAAUCUUGGAAUUGGAUCAGUCAAAUGACCAAGCUAGGAGAACCAUCAUUCGGCUAAAACCAUUAGCAGAUGAAAAGCGUGAAAAGAUGAAGGAAGAGAUGAUCGGGAAAUUGAAAGAAAUGGGAAAUAGCAUUCUGGGGCGUUUUGGGAUGAGCACUGACAACUUCAAAGCUGUCAAAGAUCCCAAUACUGGUUCCUAUUCUAUUUCCUUCCAGCGCUAAGUGUGCUUUCUUUCGUUUAAAUUAGCUAUAUAUCUUCUCUAAGGAGAAACUGUAUACGAGACAUGGUUGAAAAUGUUGUUUGUGUUUGUAUCAAUUUUUGGUUCGGAUUCUUGAUUCGAAUUAUAGAUUAUUAAUCUUUAAUUCGAGUUCAAUGUUUGAUCUCUUACUCU